ACCCGAAAAAAGCCCCUUCUGCGUCACUGUGAGCUUCGUGUAACGUUUACGUGCUGGCAAAACAAAUAUCCGACGAGCACGUGAAGGCAGCACUCAGCUGGUAGUUCCCUGAGCAGCAGACGUCGGAGCACGGUACUGACAACUGACAGAAAAUAUACUGCAUCUCAGCAUGGAGAGCGACACUGCUACAGAGGUAGCAGACCACUCGGCGCGCACCUUCUCCCAGGUGGUGUUCAUCGACAUCCCUCAGUCAUACCCACCGUCCACCCACGUCACCUGCAGCUACAACCUCACUGCGGCCUUCCAGCCCAACCCCAGGGACUGGGUGGGCAUCUUUAAGGUGGGGUGGACCACAACAAAGGAUUAUCAUACCUUUGUGUGGGUGGAGCCAUGUCUGGAUGUAGUUGGGGACCAGACAGUGACAAGGCAAGCUUUCUUUAAGGAUUACUACCUGCCGAAAGAUGAGAUCGAGUUUUACCAGUUCUGCUACGUUGACAGCACCGGUCAGGUGCGAGGAGCCAGCACUCCUUUCUGUUUCCGAAGCCCUGCGGAGCAAAGCCUGGAGAGCAACCCGGACGACGACCUCCUGGUUAUCACAACACAGGACCAAGUCGAGCAGAGCUUGCGCGAGAAAGCUGAAAUGCAGAAAGAGCUGGAUCAGAUAAGGGCUGAAAACGAAACCUUAAAGAGUGCUCUGCUGAGGGAGCAGCAGCAAGCUGCCAGCUUAAAGGGGCAGAAUGAGCAAAACGAGAAAGAAAAAGCCGAACUGGCCACUGAACUGGAUCAAACCAAGCAACAGACUGAAAUCCUCAGAAGCUCUUGGCAGCAGCAGCUGAAGGAAAAUGACCACUUGAAGGAGGAGAUGGUGAUCCAGAUGACAAAGCAGAUGGAGAUACAGCAGGGUGGCAUCACUGAGAGGAGGGAGCGGAGUUCAUCGAGAACGAGCGAGGAGAAAUACGAUCGAGCUGUGCAGAAGAUCAACCAGCUUAAAGACGAGCGUGAAAAGCUGAAGGAGGCGAUUGAGGCCCAGAGUGAGGAGAUCUCCAAGCUGAAUGCAAAGCUCAGAGAAGGUGAACGGGAGCUGUUUAAAGCAAAGGACGGCAUCCAGCUCAUCGAGGUGGACCUUCAGAGCAGCAGGAAAGAGAAAGAGAGGCUCGCUGCAGAGCUGCAAAGACUGCAGAGCCUCACCUACAACGUGGACAAAAUGCAGAGAGAGAACCAGGACUUACAGAGGAGGCUUUCAGUGCAGGAGACUCAGCAGAGCCCUUCGGAUGACCUAAAGUUUCAGUGUCAGACUCUUACCAGACAGCUACAGGAGACUCAGGACAAGCUGGCAGCUGAAAAGAGACGUAAUGAGUAUUUGCAGGCGGAGAUGCAACAAAUCCGGGAUCAGCUGGAGAACGUGUGCAAAGCAUUGGAUGUCGAAAAACGGAAGAGCAGCAAAUUUGAGCUGCAAAUCCAUGAAGUUAAUGAAGUGUUGGCAGAUAAGAACAUCACCAUAGAGGAAAGGGAGUCGACCAUAAAUCAGAAAGACAAUCAGAUCACACUCCUGACACAAGAGAAGGAGGAGCUUGCUCGAGAAAACCAGACUCUCAAAGAAAACAUUCAGGACCUGCGUAGACUUUACACAGAGCCCCCUACGACUCCUGCAGAACCUUUGUACUUGCCGCCAGAUGACAACGCACCACCUCCUUCAACCCACGUUUAUGAAACCAUAGGACCAGAGGACGAGGAGUCACUGGUGUGUCGUCACUGCCGCGAGAGCUUCCCCGGUAUCACCCAGGACGAACUGGAUCAGCACGAGCAGUGUCACCGCGUCUGCCCCUUCUGCACGAUGCUCUGCGACGACAUGGACCAGGCCACGUUUGAAGAUCACGUCUACAGCCAUUAGGAGAGACAGCGGCAGCAGCGUGGUUUGAAUAAGUCUUAAGAGAUGGGUGGUUAUAAAUUUAAAAGUCACUUCUUGGCUUCAACAUGUUGGCCUGCAGACACUGGAAACCUGCCUGUGUUACGUAAUCCUUCGCGGCCUGUGUUAUUGCAUUUAAAUAUAAAAACUUAAAAGUAGACUGCACAACUUCUAUGCUUACAUUUAGGCACGUGCACACACAGAUAUUUAGCUCUGCUGUUGGUAUUAACACACAAGGUGUCAAACAAGUCAGUUAAACUAGACUACAGCCAAACGCCUCAUUAAAACCUACUUAGGACAUGCAAACUUCUGAAUGCACGCUUAAAAAUUCACACACACGUUAUAAAGACACACCCGUGGUGGUUUCACAUGAAUUUAAAGGCUAGUUAGUGAAUAAAUCCUAAACAUUAUGAAUA